AUGCUCCUCAGCAUCCUCAAACACAAACCUGGGAGGCCAGGAUGGGGUCAGCACCCUGAAACCAGCUGCCUCUGGCAGCUUCCUCUCUGGCCAAGCCUUGCCUCUGUACAGCCCAGAGUGGGCAGCUGAGGCUGCAGGCACAGCCCAGAGCCCAGGAUGGAACUCCGGCCAGGGCCCGAGGCUGCCGCUCUCCGUCUGGGCUGGCUGGCCCUGCUGCUCUUGUGGAUCUCAGCCCUGAGCUAUUCUUUCUCCUCACCAGCUUCUCUCCCUCCUUCUCCGGUGCCCCGAGUCCGAACCAGCUACAAUUUGGGAAGGACAUUCCUCGGUCUUGAUAAAUGCAAUGCCUGCAUCGGGACAUCUAUUUGCAAGAAGUUCUUUAAAGAAGAAAUAAGGUUUGACAACACGCGGGCUUCCCACCUUGGACUGCCUCCUGGUGACUUGCCUUCUUACUCUGCAAAUUACUCAGAUGAUUCCAAAACCUGGCGCCCUGUGGAGAUCUUGAGGCUGGCCAGCAAAUACCAAAAUGAGAUCUCAGACAGGAGAAUCUGUGUGUCAGCAUCAGCUCCAAAGACCUGCAGCAUUGAGCGUGUCUUGAGGAAAACAGGGAGAUUCCAGAAAUGGCUGCAAGCCAAGCGCCUCACACCAGACUUGGUGCAGGGACUACCCAGCCCCUUCCUGCGCUGCCCUUCACAGAGACUCCUAGACCGUGUGGUUCGGCGAUAUGCUGAGGUAGCUGAUGCUGGCAGCAUCUUCAUGGACCACUUUACUGACCGUGACAAGCUGCGCCUGCUCUACACGCUCUCUGUCAAUGCUCACCCCAUCCUCCUACAGAUCUUCCCUGGGGCGGAGGGAUGGCCGCUGCCCAAGUACCUGGGCUCCUGUGGCAGAUUCCUUGUCAGCACCAGCACCAGGCCACUGCAGGAAUUCUAUGGUGCACCCCCAGACCAAGCAGCUGACCUCGCCUACCAGCUCCUUGGUGUCCUGGAGUCCCUGAGAAGCAAUGAUUUGAACUAUUUCUUCUACUUCACCCAUGUUGAUGCAGGCAUGUUUGGCAUCUUUAACAACGGGCAUCUGUUCAUCCGGGAUGCCAGAGCACUGGGCGUCAUCGACAAGCAGGAAGGUAGCCAAGUAGCCACCAGGGCAGGAGAAGAUCAAGACAUUUUUAGCUGCCUGGUUUCUGGCUGCCAGGCCCAGCUGCCCUCCUGCAAUAUGGUUCCUGAGAAGCAGAGCCUUGUGCUGGUCUGUCAGCAGUUGCUGCCUCGACUUCUUCAGGGGAGGUUCCCCUCCCCAGUACAAGAGGAGAUAGACACUGCUCUUGCUCAGUGUGGCGAGGAGGCCAGCCCAGAUCCAGAAGUCCUUGGGGCUGCCACCCGGCUGAAGGACAUCUUGAGGCCCCUGAGAACCUGUGACCCCAGAUUUGCCUACCGCUACCCAGACUGCAAGUACAAUGAUAAGUUCUGAGGAGCUGGAUCCCAGGCUGAUCUAGAGGGGAUGACACACUUGGCUGCCAGGUCAAACAAAGCAUCUCUAUGUCAAACAUUAAUAGAAAUGCAUAUUCACCUCCCAGGGGCUAAAGAACACUCAAACUAAGGAGGACAGUUGUAACAAAUCAUGUGAUUGCCCCUCCUGGCAAUGUCAUGGCAGAACUGAGAUGUCAUGGCAGAACCCAGGGAUGGGCAUCAGCGAACCUGGGUAUGGACACUCACUCAAUGUGUUUGAGCCUUGGUUUCUUCUCUUCUCCACCAGAGUUUCAUAAAGGUGAAAGAAGACAGAGAUGUAAGAGAUCUGGGACACAUGCUCACUAGCCCCAGUCCAGGUGGUGACAAAGCAUGUUCCAAAAGCACACAUAGGUGGGCUGAGAAAGAGCCAUGCAGGUCACAAGGCUGGUGUAGAGGGAAGGCAGGGUGAAAGUAAGUCUCUGGACUACUGGAAUUUUAGAUUCAGACAAAGAGACCAACUUCCUGUUCCCUGUUCUUCCUGCCAUGCUUCUCACACCACUGUGGGGGAGCAGACUGCAGGCCAAGGGGACAUACCCACCAUUGUCUUCUCCUGAGCCGCACUUCAGGUACCUGGAAUUCCCUACUUCUACAUAGGAGGCACCUUAUAGUGUGGGGAGAAACCAGGACGAAGAAGAGAAGGGGACAGCCAGAGCCAGUGUGUUAGUUUCAUUCCUCUAAGAAGUGGGUGCCGGAACAGGAUUCUAUGGGUGAGAAUUUUCUUAGGGAAAGUGCCUGUGGGAAAGGCAAAAAGGAGGAAGCAAAGCGCUUAGAGAAAAAACAAAGCCAGCCACCAGACAAAUCCCAUGUCUCCCAUGAUGGACCUCUCUUAUUAUCUCUGCUGUACUCAGUCAUUGGCAAAAGCAGGCUAUGAAAGUGUAACCUCAGUCCAAUCACAAAGAUGGACUUCACAGCACAGUAGCUGGGGUACCAAGUAUCUACUGCUUUCUAGAACAUUUUUAAUGUAGCCACAACUGGGAACCAGGGUGGGCUCUUUCCAUACCAUGUGCUCCAGAAUACAACUGUAAGGAGUCAGAAUUUUCAUUCAAACUUGGCUUCACAGGCCAUUACAAAAUUAUAUUUUUCAAGUCAGCCAUUAGAACACAGUUUAGUUAACAGUCAGUCUGCUUUAUACCUUUUAAAUUAAACAUUUAGCCACAUGAGAUGUGGACUUCCAUGUAUGCAACAGUAGUGGGGUUCUUCUAGACCUUCUCCCAGUCUCCUACCAACCUUCUUUCCCCAGGGACCUUUAAGUCUACCUCCUCUUUUCUACCUCUAAAUCAACACCUUUAAGGUCAGAACACUUGGCUUAACAUGACUCACUAUGAAGAUGGAGAAACUGAGGCCCAGGGAUGAAGAAUGAUUUGCUGGGAUAGUUCCAGAACCCAUGCUACCAACCCAUGCUCCUCUUGUCUUCCCCAUCAGCUUCUGACUCUCGUCCUGUGCUAUUCAAAUCUAGUCCUUUCACUUACAUUUAAAGAUGGGCCCCCAAAAGUCUUAUUUUUUGUCAUGUGCUAUGUUGCCCUUUGGGUUUGCUUUUGACUGCUCCAGACACAGCCACAUGGCAACCAUGAUAGUGAGGAUGACAGGCCAAGCUUGUGGAAUAGCAAGCUUCAAUUGCCUGAGAAUCUGAAACUGCCUUCCAGCUUGUUCUGGAAGGUGAAGUCUGACCACCCUUCCCACCUGCACAGCCACCCUUCUCCCUUCUGACCUGCAUGCACUGUGUCCUCCUAGCCUGGACAUUAUCCUGUCCAGAGUCCAGAGAAGAGUCACAGCCUCUAGACUUUCCAGAAUUCCACUGAAGAAUAAGGGUGGUCACAGAGACCCUCCAACACUCAGCCCAUCUCUCUAGUUGCAGGUGUUUUUCCAUUGCAAAAUUGUUCCAUAUGAUGAGUGACUUUGAGUGAGGUCCCCAGGGAGUACAAAAAUGGACCCUUUCACGGGCGAUGAAGAAACCUUCCUCUAACCCCUCUAUCACAAUUCUGCCCACUUUCACAGAACUCCAGACCUUUCCUUCAGACCAGUCUCUUGAGACUCUGAGGAAUGUUCCUUCAAAACCAUCACAUAACCCCUGGAGCUGCUGAGUGUUAGGCAGGAAAUACAGACUCAGAUCCCUCGUGAAUUAGGAGAAAGAGAUCUUGGUGCCCUACUUGACUGAGUCCCAGGAGAAAGCAAAGAACCAAACCGCCCAAGCACCCUCAGGGGGCUAUUGAGAGAUUGUUUUUAGUGCAAAUUAUAAUCAAAUUCUGUAUUUGUGCAGCUGUGCUCACAUCCGCAGUACAGGCCAAGAGCUAAUGAAGGCAGGACAGAUAGAUGUUAGGCAGAAGCUAUGUAUGCUUUGGAAUGGCUUAGAAAUGAUUCUCCAACAAUGAAUUUUUGCAGGUUCAGGAGGUUACAGAGUCCCUUUUCUCAUAUGCUUUCAGGACAGAGCAGAUGUGUCGCUCUUGUCAACAGGCCUAAAAAAUCACAGGCCCCACUCAGGCAUUGCCUUCAGGAGAUGUGUCCCACCCACACCCCAUACAAUCUACAGACCAUCUCUGCCACUCCCUUCCUGUGGCAGAAACAGAGCAGAGUUGUCUGAAUCCACUCCCUACUUUAAGGAACAACUGUCUGCCUAGCUGUUGACCCCUUUUGACUCUGCCUCAGCUACCCUGCAGCUUCAGAGUUACACCCUUCCUAGGGCAUAGUCAUAUCCAGUGACUGGGUUUGGUGAGGUGUGAUAGCCCAGCCAUAUUGGUUCACUGAGUAACAACUUUGACAGGCAAUUCUCAUUCCAGAACUCCCCACUGAGCUGGUCAAGACUCUACUGGGCCUAUAUCACAGUCUAACUUCCCUCUGCCCAUUCUGCUUCCCCUGUAUUCUUUUUACAGAUAUCUGUCCCUCUUAAACAUCUUGCACCCUGUAGUGGGUUGAAUGGCGGCCCCCAGAAAAAUAUGUCUACAUUCCUAAUCCUGAGAACCUGUGAUGGUGACUUUACAUGGAAAAGACAUGAUUAAGUAAAGGAUCUUGAAUGGAGGGUAUUAUCUAGGAUUAUCCAGUUAGACCCUAAAUGCCAUCCCAUAUAACCUUAUAAGAGAAAAGCAAAGAGAAUUUUGAGACAGAAGAAGAGGGGCAAUGUGAAAAUUGAGGCCAAGUCUAGGGCAAUGUGACCACAAGCCAAGGAACUCUGGCAGCCACCAGAAACUAGAAGAGGCAAGGAAUAGAUUCACCUCCAGAGUCUCCAGAGAGAGUGAGGUCUUGCUGACAUAUUGAUUUCAGAUCAGUGAAAUUGACUUCAGAUUUCUGGCCUCUAGAAUUGUGAGAUAAUAAUUUUUUUUUAGCCACUUUGCAGUAAUUUGUUAUAGCAACCACAGGAAACCAACAUAAACUCCCAAAUCCAUCUUAGUAUCUGCUUCUAGAGAACCCAACUUAUGACACACAUCAACUCCAACCUAGUGUAAUUGAUUCAAAAGCAAGCCAAGAACACUCAAUGUCAAGCAUAAGGAAAUUCUGGAGAAGUAUGUGAUGCCUUCAUACUCAGGGUUGAUGGUGACCUUCUCCAACUUACAAAGUUCUAAUGUUUACUGAAGACCCUGUGUGGGUGCUAUCUUGACCCAAAUCUUUCUCUUACAUACCAGCCCUGACAGGUCACUUUCUGAACCUUAUGUCAACUCCUGGACCACAGUUCUGUGUCCCACUUGGGACUAAUCCCAAGAGUAUACCAGAAAGAUCUGUGUCCCACCCUCCCAUCCACCUGGAAACUUCCUGAGCAUGGUGGUAAUGUGGGGCACUUUGUAUUCCCCAUAGCAACACAGGGCUAGACACAGCAGAUGCUGGGAAAAUGUUCCUACUGAGAACAAUGACUGUGUUCUUCUGCCCUAUUUGCUUGGUGGUGUUCAUACACCAUACUGGCUAUAUAUAGGACAGAGCCCCUUCCCCAGGAACAGUGCCUUCCCCUCAACAGCUAGGAGACAGGUGAGUCAACACUCAAGUGACUUCAGCCAGAACAAAAAUAUCAUCAUGUAUUCUCAGUCCCCUGAAAUUUUAUUGGAGGCAUUAGAGUAUAUUUCUGAGUUAGAUCAGUCAAUACCUUUUAGCCUACAGAACAGGUUACAUUAUUUGUUGGACCCAGAGGAAAAUGAAAAUGCAAGGUCUCCUAUUCAAAAAUAAGAAUUGCAUGAUGAGACAAUAAAGCAUGAAAUUAAACUCAGACCCUCUACAACUGUACAGUUUGCAGGAUUAUACUUGGCAUUGAAUGCUCUUGGCAUUUUCUGGGAGCUCAUUUGAUUUCUAUAUCCAAGGGGAGCAGGGGUGGGACCAGGGGUGAUGUAUAAAUAUGUAACAACUGCCAUGGCAAAGACCUAUGAGAACAGACUCUACUGGCUUCCACCAUCAGCAGGGUCUAACCACAGCCCCAGGGGCAAGUCCUUCUUUCCACAGGAGGAAACUAGUUUCAGUGAUUUGCUAAAAGUGACAAUUUUUAGGUCUCUUGCUUUCCCAGUCCUCUCCUAAAGCAUCUGACUUCUGCCUAUAAGCAAUUCCACAAACCUGAACAUUUCCUCUAGAAUUAAAAUAAAUAUUUUGUUGGA